CUCUAACCGUAUUUUUUUUUUUUUUCUGUUCAUAGGCCACCUGGCAGCGUCGACAUUCUAAACCACGAACGGGACGUUAUCACGACUAUAGUAGAGGCUGUGAGCGAGAAAGAGUACCCUCGGAAGAUUUCCAACGGAGAGUUUACCGCCGACAUUGAAUAUCGCGAAUGGAAGUUCAGCGGUCAAAUGGCUUUCGAGAGGGACGGCGCGAUGUACGAAUUGUACCGCCACCAAUUCCACGUGCGCGUCCAGAGAAACGAUAUCGUCGCGCGCUCAACCGACGUCAUCCGCCAUGGCCACAACGACGAAGGUAGCUCAUCUAGCGAGGCUCCCGUGGUACCAGUGAAACGAAGAUGGCCACCACGUAGGGAGAAACGCAAGAUCAGGUUGCCUGCAAUGUACCGUCACAGGGCCACCCCAGCUUCACACGCUGUGGUACGCAGACAAUCCAGGCGCGACCUGGAGCGAGCACUGCCGUUCUCAGUGCAAGACUGCCUGCGUUACAUGAGACCCAAGGAAGCUGGACAUGAACUUGUCGUGAAGCAAUACUUCGUACCCGACAUGAUCUACCGAUCGCUUCAGCAGUACGCAGAUAUCCCGGAAGUCCAGAAGGGCAACAACGCUAUCGUUUUCCUCGACAACAGUGUGUCCCUGGAAUGCAGCGGGCCACGGGCCAUUCAGUAUGGCCAGAGCAGCGAACCAGCACCAAGCACUGGGCUGUUUCAGAGCCUAAGAAGGGGUGUUGCCACAGUUCUUGGCAAAAUGUCCAAGUGGAUAUACUGAAGAGUAGCAACAUGUUUUUCGGACAGACAAGGGUCGACCAGUUCUGCAACAGUUUGCAAUUAAAAAAAGAACACAACC